AUGGAAGCCUUCAGGUCCCUUUCAUUCGAGGUCCUGUAUAUGUUGGAGUCGGCCCUCUCCUUUAAUUAUAUCGUGGAGUACGACCUGACAUCUGAGGUCGCUGACUUUCUCCGCCAAUUGGAGCCGCUGAAGGCCUCUAUGAUACUCGAGCACAUCGUAUCGAGCCGUCGCCGCGUCUGGAACCUGAAACAAUAUCUGGUAGCCGAGGCUGCCAAGCUGGCCAGGGUUUCGACACGACCUCGCAUCGUGCCUCCGCAGUGUGUGUAUCUCAGAAAGGUGAUCGUGACGCCCACGACCAUCCAUAUGCAGCCGCCGACGAUCGAGACGUCCAACAGGAUCAUCCGCAAUUUUUCGCAGCUGAGUGACUACUUUUUGCGGGUCGAGUUUUCAGACGAGGGUAACAAUAGAGUCUGGUCUAGGGACAGUACCAGCAACGAAAACAAUGCUAUCUACAACCGCAUCUUUUCCGCGCUCACCAACGGAAUCAGGAUCGGUAAUCGGGAGUAUCAGUUCCUGGCAUUUUCUGCUAGUCAGCUGCGCGACAAUGCCGCGUGGUUCUUUUGUUCUCAGGGCGGUAGCCACACAGUCAACAGUAUCCACAGGUGGAUGGGCAAUUUCUCCCACAUCAAGUCGAUUGCCAAGUAUGCAGCGCGCAUGGGUCAAUGUUUUUCUUCGACGAGAGCCAUCGCCACCUUAACUGCUUCCGAGGUUGAAAUGAUUGGCGACAUUGAGCGCGAUCGCCACAACUUUUCCGACGGCUGCGGGAGAAUCUCGUUGGCGCUUGCGAAGUUGAUCGGCAUCGAAAUGGAGAAGGAAACGACCCCGGUUGCGUUUCAGAUUCGUCUGGGUGGAUCCAAGGGCGUCUUGGUGUGGUACCCGCCACUGCGUGAAAAGCGAGUUCAAAUCCGACCGAGUAUGAAGAAGUUUAAUGUGGCAUACUAUGUUCUCGAGGUCAUCAAGACGUCUUCGUUCAUUUCAAGCUACCUUAAUCGUCAGAUCAUCAUCCUGUUAACGGCACUUGGAGUUCCAGACAGCGUCAUUUGGACUCUCAAGAACAAUAUGGUGCGGGACCUGGAGAGGAUCGAAUCAGACGGUAUGAUCGCCAUAAAGACGCUCUAUCAAAAUUGGGAUGAGAACGGGACAUCGAAAAUGAUGGUUUCCAUGAUUCGAGCAGGAUUUCUGCAAGCGGAGGAUCCCUUUAUAAAAAAUCUAUUGACGCUAUUCAAGUGGCAGAUGCUGGAGGAACUCUCCAAGAAAGCAAGGAUUUUUGUCCCAAAGGGUGCUUACCUCCUUGGGGUUUGCGACGAGACUGGAGAGCUGCAGGAGGGCGAAAUUUUUGUCCAGGUAUCGAGCGUCGAGAACCCGACCAAGCACACCAUCAUCGAGGGCAAGUGUGCAGUUGUGCGAUGUCCUUGCUUCCACCCAGGCGACAUCAGGGUCGUCCAAGCGGUGAACCGGCCUGGAUUACGGCAUCUGUACGACGUAGUUGUCUUCAAUACCAAAGGUGCACGGGGCAUUCCCAGCAUGUGCAGCGGUGGUGACCUUGACGGAGAUGGUAACGUGAUCUGGGAUCCAGACAUUGUCAACAACAUUAGAGAAUUUCCGCCGAUGGACUACACUAGCCGCGACCCAGUAACGAGUAGCGAUGUUACGAUCCACGACAUCAAAAAGUUUUUCGUCCAGUACGCUGUGUCGAACAACUUGGGAGUAAUCGCCAACGCGCACUUGGCGCUAUCGGAUCGAUUAGAGGAGGGUCCGCAUCACGGAAAAUGCAUCAGACUGGCUCAACUCCACUCGGACGCGGUCGACUUUCCAAAGACUGGCAAGCCUGCAGAGAUCACUUCGGAGCUCCGACCAAGGUCAUACCCAGAUUUUAUGGAAAAACCGCCAGAAAGGAGCUACCGAUCAGGACGAUUGCUGGGUCGGAUCUACCGUGAUUGCAAUAAGCAGCAGGCGUUCACGCCGAAGAAUUAUCGACAGUCCUUCAAUCGACUUCUACUCAUUGAUGGGUACGAGAGCUAUAUGAACGAUGCGAAGCGAUGCAAGGCGUUGUACGACGAUGAAGUCUUGUCUCUGAUGAACCAAUACGGAGUCAAGAGGUAUGGAUUUUCAGCUCGCAUUCAUUUGUCCUUACCUCUGUACACGCUUGGGCGAAGCAGAUUUUUAUUGAAAUUUUAUUUUUUACGCUCAUAG